AUGAAUGCCAUAGAGCAAGUUCGCAAUGACAACAAGUCCAUAUACAAUCGGUUUCGAUCAAUUCAACAUGAUGCCAACUUUGUUCGUUAUGUCGCUGAACGAAUCAAGGCAUUACCAGUUGUUGCCAAUGAAAGAGCAGGAACUUGGUACACUGAUCCCAAACUUAGGAAUCAUGAAACGAGUGCAUACUUUAAAUCAACAGAUGGGCAUCAUGGACAGUGGGAUUUUAAUCUUAGAAGACUCAAUCGGCCAUUGCUUGAGUUGAUUACAGCUUCCACUGGCUGCAUCUUGGUAGAUAUAACUCGAAAAGGAAAGCGUUUUCCAGAUUCGCUGGCAAAAACAGUGCCAUUGUGGUGCGCUGUUAUCAACAGGGCAACUCAACUUUAUAGAUUAUCUGUAGAUACAGAUGGUAAUCAAACCAAUUCAUCAAACCUUGUGUGGGAUACCAAACUACAUUGUCCAUCCAAUGUAUCACAAUCUGAACAUGCUCAGAUGAGCGAAUUGAUCGAUAUCUUUGCUGAAAAGCUCUUGACUUCCUGCGCAGAUCUAACUUUGAUAUACAAACAACUUUUAAAACCACUUCGGCCACUAUGGAUAACACCCGUCACUCGAAUGUUUUUGGGAUGCCAUCAAGGUGAACAGCUAUGGAACGAAAUCAAAACAGAUCUCGACUUUUACCCAGUAAUUUGCGUGUCUGCAUCAAUGGAUCCACUCCAUAUGAAGACGAGUGAUGUUCCUAUCUUCCCGCUUAAAACAGAUUUUGUCUACAUACAAGGUGCGGCGGAUGAUAGUGAGAUGUGGGCACCUGGACUCACCAGUUCGCUGUUUUGGGAAUAUAUAAACUCGCAUGAGUUACUACAGUCAACUCCACAGCAAUGUCAUCAUGACAUCCAUCAGCUUAUUUCUCAGUCACAAUCCGAUCAAAUACAAUCUUCAAUGCAUUAUAGUUUAAAAAAAGGAUCGGCAUUUGAUUGGAUUGGUGAUACAGGAAUUGCCAUUGGAUCAUUUCAUGCUGCUGAUCCAUCAUCAUGCUGGAACGAAUUUGAUGUGAUUAUCAAUUGUGGUGCCAGAGAGUUUCCAGAAAACACAAUUUACAAAAAUGCAGAGCAAGGAAAAUUGUAUGUCUAUUUAGAUAUCCCAGAAGGAAAAAAAGGUCAAAAUAAACUAUUCGAUUGUAUCCCUGCAGCCAUUCAAUGUGUGCAAGGAAAAUUCAUGUCACAGGGUCGUCGUAUUCUAGUACACUGUAUGCAAGGAAGGGAUCGGUCAGUUGGAAUUUGCCUUGCACUUUUAGUAGAAUACAUGGACGCAAACUGGAUCAUGUCACCCACUGGCAAGUCCUGUAGAGGUCAGCUUGACAAGGAUACUAUUCGUAAUCGGUUGCUCUACAUUCAACGUUUUCGAAUGGUGGCAUCGCCUUCUAGAGCAACUCUCAAAAAAAUUAAUUUGUAUUUUCUUGAAACCAAUGAUCAUUCAAAUAGAGAUACAUAA